UCCCCCAGCAGUGAGGGAGCUGCCUGCGCUGCUAGGGAGGGGAGUGUGCGCCGCUCCGGGCUGCAGCCUAUUUUAGUCACGUCUUCCCGGCCACUCGUCUUCAGUGACAAACUUUCCCGGGACGGCCGCUCUUCAGAGCCAGGGUUUUAAAGAUGACUACUGAAAGAAUAAUAACCAUCAUGCUGCCAGUGAACUCUACAGCUGGCAUCCAGAACGCUACAGAAGAUGAAGUGUGUGAAAACUGGAGAGAAAUUCACCACUUGGUUUUUCAUUUGGCAAACGCAUGUUUUGCCUUAGGACUGGUUAUUCCUACGAUGCUGAGCCUUCAUAUGAUUUUUCUUCGUGCUUCACUAUGUCUAGGUUGUUCUUUCUUCAUCAUUUGGGCCAGUCUUUAUCGAUGUGCUUUGGACAUAAUGAUAUGGAAUUCUGUUUUUCUGGUUAUCAAUUUUAUGCAUUUUAUUUACCUGGUAUAUAAGAAAAGACCUAUCAAAAUAGAAAAGGAGCUUAAAGGCAUCUACCACAAAAUGUUCGAACCUCUUCAUGUGCCUCCUGAGUUAUUUAAGAGACUCACUGGACAAUUUUGUAAUAUUCAAACUUUACAAAAGGGACAGACAUAUGCAGUAGAAGACAAGACUUCUGUUGAUGACCGUUUAAGUAUACUUCUGAGAGGGAAGAUGAAGGUUUCCUACAGAGGUCAUUUUCUACAUAACAUUUAUCCCAAUGCUUAUAUUGAUUCUCCUGAAUUCAGAUCUACAGAGAUGGACAGGGGUGAAAAAUUCCAGGUUACGAUAACUGCAGAUGACAACUGUGUCUACCUGUGCUGGUCUCGGGAAAGGCUAACGUAUUUCCUGGAAGCUGAACCUUUCUUGUAUGAAAUAUUCAAAUAUUUAAUUGGUAAAGACAUCACGAACAAGCUGUACUCUUUAAAUGACCCAACAUUAAGUGACAAGGUGGCAAAGAAAAUUGAUCGUCAGCCUAGUCUCUGCUCCCAGCUGUCUGUCAUGCAAAUGAGAAACAGCAUGGCCAGCACAAGUGACAGUGAAGAUGGUUUGCAUAACUUUCUACGAGGAACAUCAACGGCUUCUACUCUGAACCAAUCCCCCUGCAUGAGAGGUUCUACCAAGAUGAAGCCAAUUGAAGAAAGCAUUGAGGAAGAUGUGUUUGAGUCAGCAUAUCCACUUGCAACUAAAGUCCAAAGGCUGCCAUAAACACAGAUGUGACCAAAGUACUUACAAAGAAAAUGUUGCUUGGAGACUAAAUAAUCACAAAAACUCUGAAAUGAUCCGUUGUUUUUUUUUCCAUAUAUUACAAAUAGUUUCUUUACAUUCUCACAUAUGCAAGAUUUGUCAUUUUGUACACAGUUCACUAUUUGAUUUUAAUGUCCCUAAGUGUUUGCUUCAUUGUUAAUAAAAAAAAAAAUCUACAAUGUCAACAAGAUUGAGAAAAGCACAAUUUACAUGGAAUUUGCAUUACUUUUGACACCAAAGAGAAUUCCAUACAGUAUAUCCUUUCUAUAUGGUAUGUGUUUUCAGAUUUACAUAUGUGAGCCUCCAUCCAAGAAUCAAUUAUACGUUUUGGAAAACCACCAAUAUUGUAAUGAAAUACAAAUAAAGUGGGGCCUCAAGUUGCAAAGAUCUCAGGUUACAAUAUUGUCAACAUACAAUAGUCUCUCCUGGGCGAUCUUAACUUAAAACCACAUUCAACCUAGGCGCUGCUCAACUGAGGCAGGUGUGAUUGACUGGAAGAUCCAACCUAUCAGCAUAGCUGUUUCACUGGUGAAACACCUGUAUUACUGAGGUGUACAUGUAUGCAUGGAUUGGCUGUGUAGUAAUUCCUCCCUACAGAACAGUACUAUACUACAUGUCUGGCACUGCCUGCUACAGUAUCUAUCUGUGCCAGGAUAAGCUGCUCCUCUGGACACCAGGUGUGGGUAGCUCCAUUUUAUUUUCUGGCACACAGAAAUGAAGGUCCUUUUCUCAGAAAAGAUAGCUAUUUACAGAGUCCAGCAUCUAUGCCUGACAUUUAUAUACACUGCCUGUCCCCAAAAAAAAGUUGCCACCAAAAAAAAAA